GGAUCAUCCGGUUUCUCCUUGUGCAAGCCAAGUGAAGAAGAAACUCAAAUCGUUCCGAUCAACAGAAACAGCAAACGGAAACCAUGGAAGGUACAGAAGGCACACAGCAACCUCACUUAGUGCUUGCUAACAAGCUAUUCCUUCUUACUCAUUCCGACGUUGACGACAUCCAAAAGGUCCGCCUCCGUGAAGAAGUCAUCUCCACCGUCCUCGCCGACGAUAUGGCACCGUUGUACGAAACCCUAGCUGCCAAUUCGGUUUUGGAGCUCGACCAGAAAGUUCUCGACUCGAUGCGUGUUAAGAUUGCCGAAGAGCUCAAAAAACUAGACGAAAAAAUAGCUGAUGCUGAAGAAAAUUUAGGAGAAAGUGAAGUUCGAGAAGCUCAUUUGGCAAAAUCUUUGUUCUACAUCCGCAUUGCUGACAAGGAGAAAGCACUAGAACAACUCAAAAUCACAGAAGGUAAAACAGUUGCGGUGGGCCAAAGAAUGGACUUAGUAUUUUACACACUACAAAUGGCCUUCUUCUACAUGGAUUUUGAUCUUGUAUCAAGAAGUAUCGACAAAGCAAAAAACUUGUUUGAGGAAGGAGGUGAUUGGGAAAGGAAAAACAGACUGAAAGUGUAUGAAGGCUUAUACUGCAUGUCCACUCGCAACUUCAAGAAAGCUGCUGAUUUGUUUCUUGAUUCAAUAUCAACAUUCACUACUUACGAAAUUUUCCCGUAUGACACUUUUAUAUUCUACACUGUUCUUGCUAGCAUUAUUUCGUUGGAUCGAGUUUCCCUAAAGCAAAAGGUUGUGGAUGCCCCUGAGAUUCUGACAGUAAUAAGCAAAAUUCCAUACUUGUCAGAAUUCUUGAACUCUUUGUACGAGUGUCAAUAUAAGUCAUUCUUCUCUGCUUUUGCUGGCAUCACGGAGCAUAUUAAGUUGGACCGUUACUUGCAUCCACACUUCCGUUUUUACAUGAGAGAGAUUAGGACUGUUGUCUAUUCUCAGUUCUUGGAGUCUUAUAAGAGUGUCACCAUUGAAGCAAUGGCAAAGGCAUUUGGUGUGACAGUUGACUUCAUUGACCUGGAACUCUCGAGAUUCAUUGCAGCAGGGAAGCUUCAUUGCAAGAUUGAUAAAGUAGCGGGUGUGCUAGAAACCAAUCGCCCGGAUGCAAAGAACGCUCUGUAUCAAGCAACCAUUAAGCAAGGUGACUUCUUGUUGAAUCGGAUUCAAAAGCUUUCCCGUGUUAUCGAUCUUUAAGCGUUUAAGCUUUUUCUCUUUCUAUUUUCCCCAAAUUUAAGAAAACUUUGUAAUAGCAGUUUCACUAUCUUCUUCUUUUGUAAUGUAAUAUUUGUUACCUUUUAAUGGUCAAGAAUAGUUUCUCUGA